GCCCGGGGUGCUGGCAGGCUGCUUUCGGAGUGCAUUGGUGGGGGGGGUCAGGGGUUGCCCACCGCAGGGUGCAGCUCCCUGCAGGACCCCCAGGCAGUGUCAAGGGGGCUGGGAGGGUCCCAGGCACACAGGGGGUCCCUGGGGGUGCUCCCAUUUCCCGCACCCCACAGUGUCUCACAGGCAGGUGCUGUGGGGGGUGGGGGGGCUUGCCUCCACUUCCCCCACCCACCUGCUGCUGCUUCAGUUUGCCUUAAAACCACGUGUUUUCCCCAAAAGCCCAUUCCUGAUUAAUUUGGGGUACAAUGAAGAAGUUGGAGCCACCAGCAUCGCUGCACCCUGACUUCACCCUUGGCUGCAUCACACUGAGGGGGUUUCUCUGGGGUCCCAGCUCGAGGACCAAGCCAGUGUCGCAGCUCUCGGGGCCAGCGACUGGCACCUGGUGCUGCGGGAUUUUCCUUCUAAAACAGCCAAAAAGCCUUGUAAGGGGAAAGUCACAUUUUGGUGCGGUUUAGGCCCGAUUAUCAAGGGAGGAAACAAACCUUGAGGACUUGCUGCCCUGCCCCGCUCGGACCGACUGAGGUCACCCCUGGAGAUGCCGGAGGUGCAGCCCGUUGUGUGGGUGCCCCUGCAGCCCGAGCCCCCGGGGUCUGGGGGGAUGGACGGUUGCUUUUUCCUUAUGACCAUUUAAUUGUGCAACAGUGCUCGUUGCUCUUGAGAUUUGCUGCCCCAUCGCUUGUGCAAGGCCGGUCUUGGGCUUCACCACUUCUUGUUUCUGCAGAUUUCUGAAACUAUCCAAGUUCCCGUAACACUAAAGUGGGGCAGGACAAGCUGUAAAAUCCCCAUCCAACGGAAUAGUGUAUGGUAUUUUUUUUACACAACCUGCUGAAUUUGUUAAGAUUAUUGAGCGUUACUUUGCUUGGUGACAUGGGAUUUUGUUGGGUGGUUGGCUUUUGGCAGCCUCCAUUAAAAAUCUAUCCAUCUGUCUAAUAUAAAUCUGAUAUUUUUUUUAACGGGAUGGCAAUUGGAGCUGUGGGUUUGUGCCCAAGCCAAUGCUGUGUGGAGAUGCUGCGUGGUAUUACCUUUAACCUCAAUAUUUAACUUCAUUUAAGAAAAAGGAAGGGGUUUCAAUUAGUCAGAUAUGCAGAGGGUGGCAAAACUCAAAAUUAUUUAAUUGGCUGCCUAACAAGGCAGAAAAAUAUAUACAGCAUGGAGACAGCAUUGCUGGGGGCCAGAGAGCCAGAGGCAUGGGCAUCCUUCAACAGCAGUGCCUGCGGGUGGGUCCCCGUGUCUUGGAAUGCUAAUUUUUAUUUUCUUUUUAAUUUUUUUAAGCCUUAAACAGGAUGGAGCGUCAGUGUUUUCCUUCCAAAGCCUUGCCAUUCAGCUUGAAGCUGGUUUGCAAGGAGCUAACUUCAUCCAGCUGAUUCUGGCAGGCGGUUUGCCCAGCAGCUGCUGCCGCUCCUUGGAUGCUGGACACACACCUGGCUUCCAAAUUCAUAACCUUGCCAAAAACUGCAUGGAUCUGGGCAAAACCCACCAAAGUCAGGACUCUUGGUUGUACUGAGCAGCUGCGGGGCUGUAUUCUGCACCUUGCUGAUGCCAAACUCUCCAAGGGAGGUUUUUGGACCCUGCUGGGAGCCUGAUGCCCAUCUCAUCGUCCAGAUUGCUAAUUAGGAGAGGAAAAUACUUGCAAAUGCCGGAGACCUGCCCCUGAGAUGAGGGUGCAGUGCUAGGAUAGCUGGAGUGAUGGCAGAGGGCGGUCUUCCAUGAUGUGGACAGAGGGUUCUGUGCUUGGGGGUGCAUCUGUAUAGCGAGGGUGCUCAGCGAGGGUGCUCAGCAAGCAUUCAGGCUGUGGGUUUCUGUUUGGCUGGCUGCUGCUGAGGAGCUGGAGCAUGGUGACCUCUCCUGAAGCCAGCACUGGAGCGCAUGUGGGGCCGUAGCUGGAGCUGCUGCCAGCAGUGCAAGUUCCCGUGUGCUGACAGCCGCCGGACACGUGCACGCUGCUGUUUAAUUAAAACCUCAACGUCCUCUCCCAAUCAGCUGCACAGCUAGGAGGAGGGAAGGGGGGAGCCACUUUGGCAGCACAGGCCAAGCCAUGAAAAGAAAUUCAGCAUCUUGUUCCUGGUGACAUGUAGUUAGCAGCGUGUAAUUGCAGCAAAGAGCUGCUCCCAACGUUGGCAGCCUUUGCGAGCCCCUUUGCGGAGCCCCCAGCUCGUUUAAAUGUGGUUAAAAUUGCCUUCGUCUUGCCAAUGGGCACGGCCAGGUGGGUUUGCCCUGGCUGGGAGGUGGGUCAGGCUGUCACCAAGCUCCCAGUUGCUCUGUCCCCUUGGUCUGUGGCAUGGUGCUGAUGGGUUUUAUGGAGGAACUUCCCCCCUGCUCCUUGCAAGAUCCAAGGUAUCCCAGAAGUUUUAUACUGCAAUUCCCUAGGGCUGUGCACGCCAGGAGGAUGCGUUUGAGGCAGGGAGAUGAGCUGGAUUAACCAGCCCUCCUCUUCCCUUGGUACUAAAGGACCUCAAGGUGGCCAAGCUGGGGGACUCCGAUGUCCACGUCAAGAUGCUGGCAGCCCCCAUCAAUCCUGCUGACAUCAAUAUGAUCCAAGGGACCUACGCCAUCCUGUCCCCGCUGCCGGCCGUGGCGGGGAAUGAAGGUGUUGGGGAAGUGCUGGAGGUCGGGCGUCAUGUGGCAGCUCUAAAACCUGGGGACUGGGUCAUCCCGGCGGAUGCUGGACUCGGGACGUGGCGGACACACGGGGUGUUCCCCGAGGAGAUGCUGCUGAAGGUGCCCAGCGACAUCCCGGUGCUGUGCGCCGCCACCUUGAGCGUCAACCCCUGCACAGCGUACCGCAUGCUGGCUGACUUCGAGACCCUGACGCCAGGUGACUCUAUCAUCCAGAAUGCUGCCAACAGCGGCGUGGGCCAGGCUGUCAUCCAGAUCGCCAAAGCCUCCGGCAUCAGGACCAUCAAUGUGGUGAGGGACAGACCUGGUCUCCCAGAGCUAGUGGAGAGGCUGAUGGCCCUGGGCGCAGACCAUGUCAUCACGGAGGAGACGCUGAGAAAGCCAGAGAUGAAAGAUAUAUUUAAGAGCAUCCCGAAGCCCCGGCUCGCCCUGAACUGCGUUGGAGGCAAAAGCACUACAGAGAUGCUGCGGCAUCUGCAGCCCAAAGGGACCAUGGUCACCUAUGGUGGGAUGGCAAAGCAGCCUGUGAUGGUGCCUGUGAGUGCCUUCAUCUUCCGGGACGUGCGGCUCUGCGGCUUCUGGGUGACCCAGUGGAAGAAGGACCACGCGCAGGACCAGAGCCUGGCUGACAUGAUGGACGCCUUGUGCCAGCUGAUCCGGAGGGGUCAGCUCACCGCGCCAGCAUGCACCGAGGUCCCGCUCCAGGACUACAAGGCAGCGCUGGAGGCCACCAUGAAGCCCUUCACGUCCUCGAAGCAGAUCCUCAUCUUCUGACCUGCAGCUCAACCGCGGCGGUGGGCUGAGCCCACUGCUGCUUCGCCACAGCCAGGCUUGCCCUUGCUUCCUUGUCCGCAAACAAGAGAUGCUUAGGUGGAAAAAACCCCCUCCAGAUCCACUGAUUUUUUUCUCUUUUUUUUUUUCUCUUUUUUUUUUUUUGUUGUUGUUGUUUAAAGUUUUUAAAGCAGCAUGUGUAAUUGCUUCUGGAGGAAGGCUGCAACCUUGCUUUAGCUGGGGGGGGUUUGGGUGGAAGAGAAGGCUCAGGGAGCCUGGGGACAGCGGCUCGCUCAGCUCAGGGUAUCCAAAGAGCAGCAGCUCCCCCCUCUCUCAUCUUUUUGGGGCUGAGCGUGUUGCAUUGCAGUCCCCUGCCUCCUUAGCAGCUGUCAGUGUUGUUCUGCUGUUUGCACUGUCCUUCCAGGUGAUUUUUGGCUGCUUGUGGGUGGCUCUGCAGGGUAGCAGGGGGCUGGUCACUGCCCUCCUCCCAACCAGCACAGCCCUGCAGCCUCUGAGCCGCCUCCAUGUCCCCCCUCCAAGUUCAGCAGAAAGUGCCAGGGGGUUGGGGGCACUCCCCACAUUGAAAUGCAGAGAAACCUCAAUUUUUUAAAUGGAUUUUUUUAUUGUAAAAAUUUUUUAUUUUAUUUUUCCCUGCGCAGCUCAUGCAGUGCUGGCAGGGGAUGCCUGUGCCGGCUGGAGGACAAGGGCACAAAGGGCUUUUCCAGCCCUUGGCAUCCCCUCCUUUCAAAAAUGAGCUCGAACAGCUCAAAAAAAGAGAAAUGCCAAGUUAGCGAGUACAAGGAGGCCUUUUUGCAGUACCUGGACUUGAACUCAGUUUUGCUGCUGCCCCUGCUGUCACUACUGAUCGUGAUGAGAACCUCAUGGAAAUCCAUGUCUAAUACGUAUCUAUUUUUUUAAUACGUAUAUAUUUUUUUAAGAUGCUGCCAAUAAAUGUUUCUAUGCUCA